CUGUAUGAAAUAGCGAGAAACUCAAUCAACUUUGGUGUCUUCAAAAGACACUCCGUGCUGAAAAAAUGUCGACUCUGUCGCUCAAAUUCCUCGCUUUCCGGAACCAUCUGCUCACGGCAGUCUACAGCCGAAACUACCACCGUGCUGCCGCCCUGCACCGUCCGUCGGGGCCACCGAAACUCUCGCCAUACGAUGUAAACUGUAUACUUCGAACAAACGAGCACACACAGGAAUUUUUUACCGGCUCCGUCAAGAGCUACGACUCUAACCAGCUUGCGUCCAAUUCGCCGAUAGAAGAUUCGCGUAGCGAGGGAAGCUGUGUCCACACAUCAGGCCUACUGCUGGGCAUAUUCGAUGGCCACGGUGGACCGGCCUGUUCGCAGGUUAUUAGCAAGCGGCUUAUGCGCUACAUUGCUGCCUCGCUAGUUCCUCCGGAUGAUUUGCGGCAGCAUAUACUGAACGGGGCGCAGAGUUUUUCCUUCCUGAGCUGCCAUAACGACAAGCUGGAGUUCGUAAGCGAGAUCAAGGAACUGUACGAGAAAAGUUUCCAUCAGUUUGCGACCGAACUGACGAACACAACGCUCGCCGGCUUUCAGAUGCAUCAGACGCUCGAGAAUGCGUUCAUCCGGCUGGAUCAGGAUCUUUCCCGAGAAGCAAUCGAAAUGCCCAGCUUACGCACGAUGUCGGUGGCUAUGAGUGGAGCGGUAGCCCUCGUUGCACACAUCGACGGACCACACCUGCACGUCGCCUCGGUCGGAGAUUGUUCCGCGGUACUUGGAACCGUCACCGACACAGGGCAGUGGGUGGCCAAGAAGCUCACGAACGAACACAACUCAGACAACGUGGGUGAGGUGAGGCGUUUGCUAAGCGAACAUCCAGCCACCGAGCGGGACACGGUCAUUCGCGGUGAACGGCUACUGGGUCAGCUGGCUCCACUACGAGCGAUGGGUGACUUUCGGUACAAAUGGUCACGGGAGCAGCUGGAACAGCUCGUGGUGCCACAGUUCGGUGAACAGGUCAUCGCGCCGUACUACCACACCCCGCCGUACCUGAGCGCUUGUCCAGAAAUAACGCACCACAUUCUCACUCCGCGCGAUAAGUUCCUUAUCAUAGCCAGCGAUGGGUUGUGGGAUACGAUGAGCGCCAUGCAGACGGUGCACCUUGUCGGAGAGCACAUGUACGGUAAAGCUUUUCUGCAACCACUGACGCUGCCGAAAAACGACGUUACGCUUGGGGAGAUCAGUCAGAUGCUCAGCACACGGAAGGCAGGCCUUCAGAAGAAACCGCUCGAUCGCAAUGCGUCAACGCAUCUCAUCAGAAACGCACUCGGUGGCACCGAGUACGGCGUGGAGCACUCGAAACUGUCGCACAUGCUAUCGCUACCACAGGAUAUCGUACGACUGUUCCGCGAUGAUAUCACUAUAACGGUCGUUUAUUUCGACUCGGAAUAUCUCAGGAAUUGCCCUACCUAAAACCCAUGGCAUCAAUGACGCAAUCAAGCGCGCAUCCAUCGAAUGCUUUGUACUAAACACGUCCUGGAAGCAUUUAAUAGUAAUGACGUGCAGUCGCGUUUGCCAACAACAACGAAUGUAUAUGUCGAAACGACCCACGGCUCGAAAGAUUGAUUUUAUUUUUUACUACAUUCGUUUCGUGUUCUUUAAACCGGUUCCGUCUGGUGAAUCAUUCUUGCAAAAUACCGGCAAUUGGAAGCACUACCGAAGAGGACUGCACGGCAUGGGAUAAGUCGUAUGGUUUUUUUUUCAAAAAGACAUCGAAUCAAUUACCCGUGAGUCAGAAAACAAAGGACGGACGGACUGUUAAGCCUCGAUUAGUGUGUUUUUUGCUGGGAGAGGUUCAGGGAAAAUAAUUAACAACUAAACGAGCCGGAAGCGCUUGCGUGUACUACUGUGUGUCAAUUUUUAUUUGUUGAUUUUAUAGCUAAAAUAAUAAAUUAAAGUGAUUCUGUGUA